AUGCUGACUUGGCUUCGGAUCUCUACACUGCGGUGGCUCUUUUUCGCCCUGGGACCUGCGGUCAUCGUGGCCUUGUUCGUUCUCUCGGGCGUUGGGCCGUUCCGUCGUUUCUUGGUGGCGACCCAGUUGAGCUUACUAGCCGAAGCGUGGAACACUGUUGGUGGACAGGUGUAUUCACCAGUUCUAGCGCUUGUGCGAGUCGUCGAACCACUUUUUGAGUCGGUGCCCCAGUUGCUGCUCCAGCUGUAUGCAAUGCUGAGGCUCUGGCCCGAGACAUCAUCAUCCUCUAGCCGCUUGGCAUGGCGUGAAGUCUCCGUGUGCAUCUCGGUGGCCAGCCUGGCCUAUGCGGCCACCGAUGUCUCUAGCGUAGAGAGGCUUUUGACUUGCGGUGGCGGUAGCGAUUGUGAGAGGUUCAGGCUUGGCCCAUGUUGUUCGUCCCUGACGGGACUAGUGUUCAGUCGAGUGCCAGCGCAAGGAACCUCCAGCUUGAAAGGGGUGGGCAAUGUGCAUCCGCGCAGUCACGUGUGGCUCUGCUUCGUGUACCACGUCCUCGAGAUUGUUGCUCGCUUCGUCCCCCUGGCCAUGCUAGUACUGGUGGUACGCGGCUGGUUUUUGUUGGUGUUGGUGUAUCUGUGGGUAAGCCGGGUCCUGAUGGUUCGUGUGACCAGAGAGGGUCUGGACUUUCGAUUUGGGGUGAGGCUGGUAGCCAUGCCCUUCUUGGACUCCAUCAUGGACGAGACGACAGCGUUUGGAACUGGGCUGGUCUUGACGCUCGUAGAGUUCAUCUUGUGCGUGGUGAUCUACCACGUGUACAAGCACGAUGACCUUCCCUCCGGCGCGAGGUUAGUGUUGGUCACAGUAGCCAGCUGCUGCAUGGUCGGCAAGAUGUGCUUGGCGUGGGUAACGAUAUCCCCGCUGAAGGUGGAUGGGAAUUAUUCCGGGAGUCAAGGUGACGGUGUUCUUGGAGAUGGACGAGGCAGCGCCGUGACGGACGGAUCUGUAGCAGACGUGGAGAUGUCGGCAGUUGAGGAUGGCAAGGUUGAGGGCGGAGUAGAGGCGAGCGUGACUUCUGAGGCCGCAUCUCCGAAGGGAGCAGACGGGCCAUCCGCCACCUCUGUGGUUGCGGGUUCGGUAGCUCGCAGCCCGGGAGAUGUCAAGUUGGAGGAUGAAACGGAUGGUGUCGAGGCGGGCGAGUUCGUACAUGAGUCGGAUUUGACGAGAACGGAAGAUGGCAACAUUGAGGAUGGGGCCAAGGCUGCAGGAGGUUCUGAAGUAUGACCUCCUGAGGGAGCGAAUCUUCCACCCGCAACGCACCCUUUGUCAACGAUCUCGACAGUAGGUGGCCCUGACGAUGCUAAGGUGGAAGAUGACUUGUAUCUAGGUGUCGCGGUGGCGGAUGGAUCGGUAGCAGGAUUGAGUGUGACUGAUGACCAUGGAGCGCGGUAGGUUGAGGGCGGAGCCAUGGGAAAAGCGUUCGGUGAGCCGGCUUCGACGGAAUGAGCACAAUGCGCUACCCGCCGGUUCAGUAGGUGUUCAACUAGACAGAGAGAUCGAACGGGGGGUGUAUUUAUCACUGCAUUCGGCUGGGUGCAGGUGGUGCGCCGAUAAUUAAGUGCCGUUUCGCCAUUGCCCACGCAACCAAUACUCGGGUACAGAGGGCAAAAGAGCCGAUAUGUAGCGGAUCAAAAUUAUUUUGGAUAUGUAAACUGCAGGAUCUCUCUUGCCGGUGUGGAAUUUUGUUGUUGCACGGGAGAUAGGGAAAGCCAAAACAAGUGAGGAAACCAAACCUACUCUGUGCACUACCACAUCUCGUUGGACUUGUUGUUGUUCCCGCCCUCUGGCUCUUGUUUGAGGAGGUUGUCUCUUUGCCCGCAUGUCAGCUGGGCGUCUGAGAGUGCUUGUUGUCCAUUAGUAAUGUAGUCCGUGUCUUGCGACAGACCACCGUGAACUAUGUGGUUAGAAGCCGAGCCUGCUGGAGCGCUAGCAGCGCCAACACCAGCAACGUAGUUUCGUAAAGCUGUUAACGGUUGUGGUAGGCGGGCAGAACAGGUACCAGCAGCAGCGGUUGAACCAGGACGGAGAUCCAUACUUGGGAAGGUUUUGACAGGGAAUGAAAUCGCGAAAGCGAGAGUAUGAGUUUUUCAGUCAUGUACAAGUAGCACUCCGCAACAACGUUCGGUUCUCUUCAUUCCGUCUUGGGUGCCAUCAUGUGUGGUAUGAGAACCACGUUGGUACCUCUGGCUGCGACACAACGCAGCGUGGGUGUCCAGCUGCUCUCGGUUGGCGAGGAUUCUGCUGCGAGUAUCGUGUGCCGAGGAGUUAGGGUACAUCGGCAGUUC